UUCAAAAGUCUAUUUAAAAACAAAUUAUCGUUACGAUACAGCUAGCUAAGGGAUAGCGCUAUACAUCUGUAGUGUUUGUGUGUCCUUCUCGAAAUGUGUAUGCCUUAAUAUGCGUUUUGCAGGAUGGACAUACCUCUCGUUCUGUUGAUCUCAGUGAUCCUCAGCUUCACCCAAGCUGUGGACCGAGGAAACUUCAAGACAUGUAACCAAAGUUCCUUCUGCAGUCGUCUGAGAGGCAUGAAGCCGGCCCAGUCCCCAUACAGAGCUCUGCUGGAGACCCUGCAGCUCAGUGACUCUCGUCUCACUCUGCAGCUCAUCAAUGACAACAACAAGGUGCGUCUGUUGCUGGAGCUGUACAGGCUCCAGGGGAACAUGACCCGGGUCAAGAUCAACGAGCUCAAACCCAUCAAGCCUCGCUUCGAGGUGCCCGACGUCCUGAUCGCGGAGCCUCCCACCGAGCCCUUGUCAGUGCUGACGCAGGAUCGGGGGGCUGUGGUUCUGUCCCUGGGCGGGGGGGACCGCCGCGUCAUCGUCAACGCUCAGCCCUUCCGCCUGGACAUCAUGGAGGGGCCACAGGUGCUGCUGUCCCUCAACGCCCGCGGCCUGCUCGCCUUUGAGCACCUCCGCUACCGCAAGGACACCAUUGCUCACAAAAUGAGUAGCACAGUCGGUAGCAUGUGGGAUAGGAUCAGGAGCGUGUUCUCUAGCAAGACUCAGGCAGACACUGAAGAGGAGGAGACCACAGAGACCACAGAGAAGCUGAGUGAGGAAAAGGUCGCAGAGGAGGAGGAAGACCUGCCAGGUAUGUGGGAGGAGACCUUCAAGUCCCACACAGACAGCAAGCCCAACGGGCCGUCCGCCAUCAGUCUAGACUUCUCUCUGGCCGGAGUGGAGCACGUCUACGGAAUCCCGGAACACGCAGACACUCUAAAGCUCCAAAACACAGACGGAGGUGACCCCUACAGGCUGUACAACCUGGACGUGUUCCAGUACGAGCUGGCCAACCCCAUGGCUCUGUAUGGUGCCGUGCCCGUCCUGCUGUCCCACAGCGCCCAGAGGACCAUGGGCCUCUUCUGGCUCAACGCUGCCGAGACCUGGGUGGACGUGCGCUCCAGCCCUGCCGACCAGGGUGCCAGCCAGGCUGCCCACACGGACGUGCGGUGGAUCUCAGAGAGCGGGAUCAUAGAUGUGUUUAUCAUGCUGGGGCCCAGGCCCUCUGACGUAUUCACCCAGUACGCUAGUUUGACAGGAACCCAGGCGUUUCCUCCUCUCUCUGCUCUGGCCUACCACCAGUGCCGCUGGAACUACAACGAUCAGGAGGACGUGUUGGCGGUGGACCGGGGCUUCGACGAGCACGACAUCCCGUACGAUUUCAUCUGGCUGGACAUCGAGCACACGGACGGCAAGCGCUACUUCACCUGGGACAACAACAAGUUCCCCCGGCCCAAAGACAUGCUGCAGACGCUCAAGGACAACAAACGCAAGAUGGUGACUAUAGUGGACCCUCACAUCAAGGUGGACAGUGCAUACAAGAUCCACUCUGAGAUUCGCUCCAAAGGCUUCUACAUCAAAAACAAAGAUGGUGGAGACUACGAAGGCUGGUGCUGGCCAGGGAACGCUGGGUAUCCCGAUUUCACCAACCCUGAGAUGAGGAGCUGGUGGGCUAGCAUGUUUGGAUAUGACCAGUAUGAGGGUUCCAUGGAGAACCUGUUCACGUGGAACGACAUGAACGAGCCGUCCGUGUUCAACGGGCCGGAGGUGACCAUGCACAAGGACGCCCUGCACGGCCCUUGGGAGCACAGGGACGUGCACAACCUGUACGGCCUCUACGUGCACAUGGCCACAGCGGAGGGGCAGGUGCAGCGGUCUGGAGGCCUGGAGAGACCGUUCGUCCUGACCAGGGCUUUCUUUGCUGGCUCUCAGCGCUACGGGGCGGUGUGGACGGGGGACAACGCUGCGGAGUGGGGCCACCUGAAGAUGUCCAUCCCCAUGUGUCUCAGCCUGGGGCUGGUGGGCAUCUCCUUCUGCGGAGCUGACGUCGGGGGGUUCUUCAAGUCCCCCGGGGAGGAGCUGCUGGUGCGCUGGUACCAGGCCGGGGCUUACCAGCCCUUCUUCCGCGCCCACGCCCACCUGGACACCCCCAGGAGGGAGCCCUGGCUGUUCGGCCCCCAGAACACGGCUCUGAUCCGGGAUGCGGUGCGCCAGAGAUACGCCCUGCUGCCCUACUGGUACCUCUGCUUCUACCAGGCUCACCGCAGCGGGCAGCCCGUCAUGAGACCGUUGUGGGUGGAGUAUCCUGAGGAACCGGCUACAUUCUCUAUCGAGGACGAGUAUCUGAUUGGUCGGGAUCUCCUGGUUCACCCGGUAACAGACGAGAAGGCGUCCGGGGUCACCGUUUACCUUCCUGGGGAAGGAGAGGUUUGGUACGACGUGCACACGCUCCAGAGUCACCAUGGAGCUCAGAACCUGGACGUCCCCGUCACCAUGAGCUCAAUCCCAGCGUUCCAGCGAGGAGGGUCCAUCAUCUGCAGGAAGAACCGUGUCCGCAGGUCUUCACUCUGCAUGGAGAGCGACCCCUACACUCUCUAUGUGGCCCUGGACACACAGGGCAGGGCUGAGGGAGAGCUCUACAUAGACGAUGGCCACUCCUUCAAAUACCAGACUGAGCGCCAGUUUGUCCACAUGCGCCUGAGCUUUGCUAGCCACACCAUCACCUCCAGCCCCCUGUCCCCUGAGUCCGUCUUCUCCACGGCCUCGUGGGUAGAGAAGGUGAUCAUCCUGGGAGCCCAGAGACCCAGCGCCGUCACCCUCACCACACAAGAUGGGAGCGAGUCUUCUCUGGAGUUUGAGUUUGACGAGGGCUCUGCUGUGUUGAGCCUGAGGAAGCCAGGCGUUAACGCAAGCCUCAGAUGGAAGGUGCAGCUGCAAUAACACAGAAAAACAUCUUUCCAGUCCUCUUGAGUAAUGGGGUUCUCUCUGAACCACACACACACACACACUACAAACAACACACACAAACAAACAAAAUACACUUUAGAAAAACACACACACGGCCCCACAGACUACAAACAAAACAACAAACCGAACUAAUUGUAGAAAAAUGGACACUAGAGAUGAGAUAGGAAUACUAGUAGGACUGGGAUCAAAAUAUCACUUGAAUCUAACUGUGGAAAGUGGAAACCUAAUUGAUUUAUACUACUGGAAGUAUGUUGGAGGGCAAGUGAGGAAAAAUAAUGGUGUUAUAGAUGGUAACUAAUUAUACUUGAACAGAUACAUGAAGCUGCAAUCUCCCUCAGUAAGGGUUUGACAUUCCCCAAAGCCAGCUGGCCAGCUAUAUUGUCUGUGUCGCUAGCCCACUCUGGGCCAAACAGAAACCAAAUUCUGAUCUGGGUCACAGUAAAAUGUUUCAUAAGCAUAUUGCUUAACCAGGAAACAAGGGAUUUGAUCAAAACGUUGUUUAGUUUUUAACUAUUUAUCCUCUCAUCCCACAAAAGAACAUUCCGGUGGCAAACAAUUAUUGUCAAGCCCUGAUCAAAGAGUAGUGAUUUUGGAUACUUGCCUAAAUGAAUUUUGGAAUAGCACAAAUGUUUGAUUAUGAUGACAAUGAUGUGCAUUAGUAUAUAUAUUUUUUAAUGUUUACAUAGUUCCACAAUUAAAGAAGUGUGCAGAACAAUGCACCUGUGUGCCAUGCCCCCUCCUCCCUGUCUGUGGGGCAGGCGUGUUGAGGACAGAUGGUCCUAGUGUCCACUGUGUUUACACUCCCUCUCUCCUGUCAGGUUUGGAAGGGGGAAUUACCAAAGGCACAUAGAGGGGGGAGGGGGGGUUCGAUUCUCUGGAAUCGCAAGCAAUGAUGUAAUCUCGAGGGGAGAGAGUAUUUCCAAGGUUGUAUGCAUGCACUCAUGACAUUAGCACGGGUUGCCUCUUGACUUGAAAAUGAUCAUGUAUUAGGUUCACUAACCAAAUUGUAAG